UCAUACAAUCUGCAAAGCAGCAGAUCUCCAACCCUUUUUAGUAAAAGCUGAACCGGAAAGAAGUCCUAACCGUUACUUAACAGCCGUCACCGAACAUUUGUGUUCUUGAUCUUCUCCGGAGCGAAGAGUCUUGGUGGGGUUUAAGGUUUCUUGAAAAGGUUGGCAAGAGAGUAAAGAGGCCUUCUUGAGCCUGUUUGAUCAGAGGGCGGACAUUAUGGCGAAUGGGGUUGUACACAGUGUAGAGUACUCACUUUUGAAGGAUUUGAGGGUGGAGAUUGAAGGAGAAGAAGGCGCCUUCUCUCUUUGCUUUUGGGUUUAUAUUAUGAGCUCCUCUGCAUUCCCUGCUACAAUCAUUCAACAGUUGCACUCUGAUGGCAUCAAUGGCACUCCUUUUCUUGUUUUAAAUGAAAAGAAGCGAAUGAUGCUUCUGCCGCUGCUUCUCUUACACAAAGAAGCUUCUAAUUCUGGAAACUUCACCUCCUUGACAGAAGUUCCACAUGCAUCCAUGGAGACUGAGUUUCCUUUAGAAAAAUGGAUUCAUGUUGGAUGUGAGGUUUCUACAGAUCAUCUUCGGCUUCAUAUUGAUGGAGAGAUUGUGGGAGAGAGGCCUUUGUCUUCCGUAUUCAACAAAGAUUCGAGUUUAAGUGGUUCAAGGAAGAUAGCUUUGGCUAGUAUUGGAGGAGAUGGUUGCAAGCUGCUGGGUUAUGUCCACAAUCUUGAAGUCUUGCCUCCAACUCUAUCUAUUAAGGAUCACCAUGGAAAGGUGCAUUACAUUUUGGCAAGUGCUAUAGUCACGAGAGAUCCCAUAAAAGAUUUGCCUCUAAGACUAUCUAUUGAUAGUUCAGAUGCCUUUGAAAUUGAAGUAGGCAGCGAUGGUGUUUGGAGUAUUAUUGGUGGCAAGGCAUCUUGUCGCCGGAACUUUUCUUUGGAUGUUGUUUUGUUAGAUUCCUUGGGCCAUUCAGCAACCAAGGACGAUGAGGUUAUUGCUUCACUUUUGUAUGCUGACAAUGGGGCACUUGUGGAGAACACAACUGAUGGGGAAGCUCCUCUUCUGGCUAGCUACGAUGGAAUUGAAUAUGCUUCUUGUGAAAGACCAAGUAAACUAUUGCAAGGACGUGCAUCCUUUAAGCUCAAGAUAUCUCAGCUUUCAUCGAAGUGUGAUAAUCGGCUUUUCCGCAUCAGAUUUCACAUGAGAAGUGGAAAUUACCCAUUCUUUGAGGCUUUCUCCCCUCCAAUUCGUUGUAUAUCACGUGGCCGUAAUAUCCGAGCAUCCUCUCUAACAUGGAAAAGAUCAACUUCUGCCAUCCAAUCUGUUAGUUUAUCUGAAUCAUCUAGGAUGGAUGUGGGGUCCUUAGAACUUCAGCACGGCAAUAGCCAUGAAGCAAGACCCUGCCCAUCAUCGAAGCGGGUUAGAUCAGGACCGGAUAAAUUAUGUGCUGCUUUAAAGACUGAUCUUAACUUGGAGCGACCUGAUGAGAAAUGUAACUCUCAUGCUGGGACAGCUAAUCUGGUUAAGAAUGAGUUUGGAACGAGUUUGGAGGGAAGACCUGAAAACCUUGAAGAAGUGGAUGAUUCACAAUCUGAUUCAGAGAGUACUGGAGAGAGAAAUUCACCUUCUAAGAGUAUGUCAAGUAGAACAAGUCCAAUGUCGGAUAUGAACAUUUUCAAAUACUCCCUCUCAGGCUUAACUGAGAGAUCUUUUAUGCUCAAGGAGAUUGCUUUGUCUGCUUCUGACGCUGAACUUUUAGAAUUUGCACAUCAGGUCUCUCUCUAUUCAGGAUGUUCACACCACGGGCGCCAAAUAAGCAUGGCAAAGAGACUGAUAGAGGAAGGAACAAAAGCUUGGAAUUUGAUUUCACAAAACAAUCAUCAGAUUCGUUGGGAGAAUGUGGUUUUUGAGAUUGAAGAGUACUUCAUGAAGAUUGCUUGUUGCAGUUCUAGAUCUCUCACACAACAGGACUUUGAGCUUCUGAGGAGAAUUGCUGGAUGUCGAGAGUAUCUUUCCCAAGAGAACUUUGAGAAGAUGUGGUGUUGGUUAUACCCUGUAGCUUUCACAUUAUCAAGAGACUGGAUUAAUGCAAUGUGGAGUUCUAUGUCACCAAAAUGGAUAGAGGGAUUUGUAACAAAGGAGGAAGCUGAAUCUUCACUUCAAGGUCCAAGGGGCCUCCAAGAGCCUGGCACGUUUGUACUCCGGUUUCCUACUUCAAGGAGCUGGCCCCACCCUGAUGCUGGCAGCUUAAUUGUGACUUAUGUUGGCAGUGAUUACACUCUUCACCACAGGCUGCUUUCCCUUGAGCAGUUUUUUGGUUACAGUGAAGGAGAAAUGAAUUUAAAACCACUGCAAGAUAUGCUACUGGCAGAGCCUGAGCUCUCUCGAUUGGGAAGGAUAAUAAGAAGUCAUUAAGUGUGCUUGUGUAGCAUGGUAUCCAUCCGCUUCCAAUCUAGGGUUAGCAUUCAUGUGCGUUCAUUCCCAUUCUUGUGUUUUUUGUAUUGAUCUUCUUGUUAUUCUUUGCGGUCCAUUAUGUAUAUAUGCAUACCAAUAUAUUGAGGAUGGAAUGUCCAUAAUCUAAAAACUUUAGGUGAUUUUAACAGUGCAUUA